GCUUCACUCGGCUGUUUUUCGUGAGCACUAGUCAAACAAGUCUCUCAUUCUCUUUGUCUCUCUCGUCUCUCUCGCGUCGAAUUUCGUUCGGUUGGGAUGGCGGACGCGGGCCUCAUCUACGAGGAAAUCCCGACCGCAGCAGCAGCGACCACCGCCGCGACCGCCGCCACGGCCGUAGAGCAUGGCAUUUACGACACGCUGCAGCCACGUCACGGCGAGGCCUUGUAUGACGCUCUAGAGGCGAUGAUGGAGCCAGCGCGGGCGGCUGCUCCUCCUCCAGCUGCUCCACUCAGCAACAAGUCGGUCAAGAGCACCACCACCAGCCCAGCGCCGUCUCCACCAACCAGCAGGCCGAGCAGAGGCCCGUCCCCUGCCCACGCCAUCGCAGCCAUGAAUACUGCUCCACAGCCGCGUGCGUUAGCAGCUGUGCGUCCGACUUCCACUGUGGCGGGCCCCUCCCAGCCACAGCAGCAGAAUCUGCACACCUUUGUCCCACAGCUGUUCAAAACACCGCGGACGUGCUCAAUGUGCAACGGCGUGCUGUGGCGCUCGGCCAUGUUCUGCAAGGAUUGCGACUAUGUCUGUCAUACUAAGUGUGAAGUCAAGGUCCUCACCGGCUCGGAUGCGGUCUGUCGAGGAGGAGGAGUUGCACCUAAUGGGACAGGACCGGUGCUCCCAUCGACACAGAUACGCUCGGGCAGUCGCCCUUUCUCGAUCUUUGGCCGGUCGUCGACGCUGUCCUUCAUGUCCCCCGAAAACUCGAACGAGGUUCGUUCUGUGCUCGACGAGCCCGAACCUAGUAACGGCUCCACCGCCGACACAGGAAAAUCGUUCGUUGCUCGUGACUCGUUUCGGAAACGGCCUUCGACCCUGAUUUCGUCCAUUCGCUCCGCAGUCUCAAAGAAUCGUAAUCGGUUUGUGACGGAAGAUUUUGAUCUGGAUCUGACCUACAUUACGCGGAACAUUAUCGCAAUGUCGUUUCCUGCGACUGGUUUGGAAUCAACCUACCGCAACCACAUGAACGACGUCGCCAAGCUUCUCACGGAAAAGCAUCCAGGACGAUUUCUGGUUUUUAAUCUGUCCGAGAGAGGCUACGACAUUUCCAAGCUCGACAAUCAGGUUCUGGACUUUGGAUGGCCAGAUCACCACGCACCUCCGCUCGAUUUGCUCUUUGCCAUUUGCAAAUCGAUGCAUUCAUGGUUGAAAUCCGCACCCGGUCAUGUUGUGGUCGUGCAUUGCAAGGGUGGGAAAGGGCGUACUGGCACAGUCAUUGCAGCCUACAUGAACUACUGCCGGCUUUUCGAAAGUGCCGAAGACGCCAUGGAGUUGUUUGCAAUGAAGCGAUUCGUGAAUGAAAAGGACGGAGGCAUCACACAGCCCUCCCAGCGACGGUUUGUCCAUCUCUUUUCCCAAAUCGUGACAGGAGAAACACAACUCGAGGAGCGCUCAUGCCCGCUCGAGCGCGUCAUUGUUCGCGGAAUCCCGAAUUUCGAUGGCCGAGGCAAUUGUCGGCCGGUACUUCGCAUCUAUCAGCGCUUCAAGCUCAUCUACGAAACUCCUGCAGAAAGCCUGCGUGUAUUCCAUGCGGACCAAGCCUUCAUGUUCUUUGAGUUUGAUGAACCCAUCAUACUGCGGGGCGAUAUUUUGAUCAAGUGCGUGCACGUGAGCACACUUGGCGUGCGGGAAACCAUCUUUCGCUGCCAGUUUCACUCUACCACCGUCGACAAUCAUUUCGUGCGCUACGACAAGAGCGACCUGGACGAUGCCAGCCGAGACAAGCGCUUUCCUGACUUUGGCUACGUCGACUUUGUGUUUCGCGCCGACGGGCAUCAACAUGGUGCCGACCAGCAAGCCGUUGACGCGCGGCAAUCAACCACAACGUUGGUCUCGGACCUGCUACAGUAUGAAGCCGAAAUCAGCGGAGCUCAAGUGGCUGCACUACCCGUCAGUCGAGACUCUACAACGGCGGCUGGGCCGCCGUCUGUUGUCCCGUCGAGAGAAAGCCCAAUAAACCAAACCGCCGCCGGGGAGGUCCGACCUCGCAAAGCGAAACCGGUGCAUGUUGUUGAGGCCUUGCUACACAAGAGCCCAUUCGAGGUUGAUUCGAUUGUCAACUCUUACCGGACCAACAGAACCGAGGAAUCUCAGCGAUCGUCAAUGAUUGCAAGCGCGCCGUCGUCUGCCGCGUCCUCCUCGCAGGUCCGCCGACGGAAACCGCUCACUCAUGCCGCCUCGAGCGACAGCGCGGAUGACGCCAUGCGCUCGCGUCGCCUCAGUGUGCGCGAAUUUGCUGCAACAGUGAGCCCCGCGCCUGAAACGCCUGGCAACGACGAGUCGCUCAUUUCGGUGGCCGAUCUCGCCGCGUCCGCGCUCGCUCAUGUGGGUGGGAUGCAACUCUUCCAUGACAUGGAUGCCUAUCACGAUUCGCAGCGACUGGAGCAAGAACACCAGCAGCAACAGGCACAGCAACAACAACAGCAGCAACAACAACAGCAACAACAGCAACAUCAAGCGGCUGGAUCACCGCCGAGCUUGCGCCGCGGACUCUCGGAGAAUCUUGGGCCAUUUUCAACUGCGGCGCUGUCAAACUCCUCGAUGCAGUCCGGUCAUGCCAGCAAAAUAACCUUCGAAGCGGCCACGGAACCGACCUACGACGUUCUGACGGGAAAUGGCAUCAGUGAAAUUCCUGCCGUUGUUGAUGACGUCGCGCUGGACGCGCUCAUCGAUCGACUGGAAACCACGCUGCCAAUCCUGCGGCAACAGCAACAAGAGCGAGAGUCUGGUGAAUUGCACGGCUCGCAUGGGGCGACUGGAGGCGAGCAGAAACGCCAAUCGGACGCGCUCGAACAUCAACAGCUGGUAGAGGAGCUCGUGACGCUCGCCUCGCAGGCCACAACACCGUCCCGGCCUACAAGCUAUGCACACGUCCCUGGCGACAGUGGCGGUGUCGGUGGUGGUGGCGGCGGCGGCGGCUCUCCUCGCAGCACAGCAGCGGCGGCGAUAGCUGCUGCGCACGACACGCAGCAGCGACUGAGCAGCGUCACCAUGCUGCUCGAGCAGCUUGCGUCUGUUGAAAGCGUCAAGAAAGGCCCGGCUGGUUCGCGCAUGUCUGACGAGUUCAACACCCUGGUCGAUUCCUUUGCGACAAUUUCCCGCUACCUGGAUCGCGCCGCCAAUGCGACCAAACUAGCUGCGGAAGAUGUUCGAGAGACGGAUGAUUGAGCCUCGGUUGGUGUUUAAGAUUGUUUUCGUGUUUUGCUGUUUUGGUUUUCGUGAUCUUCCAAAAACAACCCCAAACAAAAGAGUUGAUUAGAUUGUUC